UGUGUAUCCUGUGUCAAACUCCAACCAACAUCAUGACUAAUACGGCCGCAGCCAAAGAAAAGUCGACCGAGGAAAAGGAUGUCAAAAAUCCGAUGCAUAUAAAGCGUGCGUCCACGGAGAAGCUGCGUGAAAUCUUCGGCAAAUAUGCAACCCAACAAAUCAACGGUGAACCGUACAUGACCAGCGAAGACUUUGUGAAGAAUUUCCUUGGACAAUCGUACAAUGAGGAAUCGAUAAAACUGAUCGCCGGCAUUGCCGAUACCAGCAAGGAUGGGCUGAUCUCGUUCGCCGAAUUUCAAGCGUUCGAGGGUCUGCUCUGCACACCGGACGCCCUGUACAAAACCGCGUUCCAGCUGUUCGACCGUAACGGUAACGGCUCGGUCACGUACAGUGAGUUUGUCGAUGUUUUCAAAAAGACAGAUCUGCACGCUAAAAUCCCGUUCAAACUGGACGGCCCUUUCAUACAGCUUUACUUCGGCAAGGACCGGCAGCGUGUGAUCAAUUACGUCGAGUUUAGCCAGUUUUUGCACGACUUCCACGAGGAGUGUGCGAUGGAGGCGUUCCGCUUGAAGGACACCUCCGGUUCCGGGUUUAUCUCGGCACUCGACUUUCAGGACAUUAUGGUGAACGUGAAGAAGCACCUGCUGACGAACGAGGUGCGCGAUAAUCUGAUUGCGGUUACCGAAGGUCACCGGGUGAGCUUUCCCUACUUUAUGGCAUUUAAUUCGCUGCUCAACAAUAUGGAGCUGAUCAAGCGCAUUUACCUGAACGCGACCAGUGGCAACCGGGCGGAACCGAUCACCAAGGACGAGCUGUUGCAUUCCGCGCAAACGAUGAGCCAGAUAACGCCGCUAGAGAUUGACAUCCUAUAUCAGCUGACUGGCGUGAUUCAUCAAAGUGGACGAAUCGUGUACAAUGAUCUUAGCAACAUUGCGCCGGAACACUACAUCAAAAACAUUACCCAUCGGCUGGCAGAAAUCAAAGCGGUAGAAUCGCCCGCGGAUCGGUCCUUCCUGAUCCAGAUGCUCGAGAGCACGUACCGGUUUACGCUUGGUUCGGUAGCGGGAGCUGUCGGUGCAACGGCGGUUUAUCCGAUCGAUUUGGUAAAGACACGGAUGCAAAACCAGCGCACCGGUUCGUUUAUCGGUGAGGUCGCCUACCGGAACUCGUGGGACUGCUGCAAAAAGGUUAUCCGGCACGAGGGCUUUCUGGGGCUGUACCGUGGUUUGGUGCCGCAGCUGAUGGGUGUUGCGCCGGAGAAAGCGAUCAAGCUGACGGUGAACGAUUUCGUGCGGGACAAGCUAACGGACAAGCAGGGCAACAUUCCGCGAUGGGGCGAGGUGCUUGCUGGUGCUUGUGCCGGUGGAUCGCAAGUAAUUUUCACCAACCCGCUGGAAAUAGUGAAAAUUCGGCUGCAGGUGGCGGGUGAGAUUGCGGGCGGUGCCAAGGUACGGGCGCUCAGCGUAGUGCGCGAGCUCGGCCUGUUCGGGCUGUACAAGGGUGCCCGCGCCUGUCUGCUCCGUGACGUACCGUUCUCGGCCAUCUACUUCCCGAUGUACGCACAUACGAAGGCGGCGUUUGCAGACGACGAGGGUUACAAUCAUCCGCUGACACUGUUGGCGGCGGGUGCGAUUGCCGGUAUACCGGCGGCGUCGCUAGUGACGCCGGCGGACGUCAUCAAGACGCGGUUACAGGUGGUGGCCCGCACCGGCCAAACGACGUACAGUGGGGUGAUGGAUGCGGCGCGAAAGAUUAUGGCCGAGGAGGGUCCGCGUGCCUUUUGGAAGGGAACAGUCGCUCGAGUGUUCCGAUCGUCGCCACAGUUUGGUGUAACGCUCGUAACGUACGAGCUGCUGCAGCGCAUGCUGUACGUAGACUUUGGUGGAUCGCGUCCAGCCGGUUCCGAUGUGGCGAAGGCGAAGGUUGAUCUGACCCGCGUCAAUCCGGACCAUAUCGGUGGCUAUCAGGCGGCCCUACCGAUGCUGAACGGUAUCGAAACAAAGUUUGGGCUGAGCUUGCCACGCUUUGGCAGCCCGGCACUCAAGCGUCAAGCGUCAUGAUAAGGCCAUCGUGCCAUCACGGAUGGCCGGAACCGGACUGUCAACGAUUGUUGGUGUGC